AUGGAAGUACAAGUGUUCAAGUACAAGACAGCUUCAUCAAGUACCCGACAGCUUCAUCAAGUACAAGACAGCUUCAGCAAGUACAAGACAGCGUCAUCAAGUACAAGACAUCUUCAUCAAGUACAAGACAGCUUCAGCAAGUACAAGACAGCUUCAGCAAGUACAAGACAGCUUCAGCAAGUACAAGACAGCUUCAUCAAGUACAAGACAGCUUCAUCAAGUACAAGACAGCUUCAUCAAGUACAUGACAUCUUCAUCAAGUACAAGACAGCUUCAGCAAGUACAAGACAGCUUCAUCAAGUACACGACAUCUUCAUCAAGUACAAGACAGCUUCAUCAAGUACAAGACAGCUUCACCAAGUACAAGACAGCUUCAUCAAGUACAAGACAGCUUCAUCAAGUACAAGACAGCUUCAUCAAGUACAAGACAGCUUCAUCAAGUACAAGACAGCUUCACCAAGUACAAGACAGCUUCAUCAAGUACAAGACAGCUUCAUCAAGUACAAGACAGCUUCAGCAAGUACAAGACAGCUUCAGCAAGUACAAGACAGCGUCAUCAAGUACAAGACAGCGUCAUCAAGUACAAGACAUCUUCAUCAAGUACAAGACAGCUUCAGCAAGUACAAGACAGCUGCAGCAAGUACAAGACAGCUUCAUCAAGUACAAGACAGCUUCAUCAAGUACAUGACAUCUUCAUCAAGUACAAGACAGCUUCAGCAAGUACAAGACAGCUUCAUCAAGUACAAGACAGCUUCAGCAAGUACAAGACAGCUUCAGCAAGUACAAGACAGCUUCAGCAAGUACAAGACAGCUUCAUCAAGUACAAGACAGCUUCAUCAAGUACAAGACAGCUUCAUCAAGUACAUGACAUCUUCAUCAAGUACAAGACAGCUUCAGCAAGUACAAGACAGCUUCAUCAAGUACACGACAUCUUCAUCAAGUACAAGACAGCUUCAUCAAGUACAAGACAGCUUCAUCAAGUACAAGACAGCUUCAUCAAGUAGAAGACAGCGUCAAGUACAAGACAGCUUCACCAAGUACAAGACAGCUUCACCAAGUACAAGACAGCUUCAUCAAGUACAAGACAGCUUCAUCAAGUACAAGACAGCUUCAUCAAGUACAAGACAGCUUCACCAAGUACAAGACAGCUUCAUCAAGUACAAGACAGCUUCAUCAAGUACAAGACAGCUUCACCAAGUACAAGACAGCUUCAUCAAGUACAAGACAGCUUCAUCAAGUACAAGACAGCUUCAUCAAGUACAAGACAGCUUCAUCAAGUACAAGACAGCUUCAUCAAGUACAAGACAGCUUCAUCAAGUACAAGACAGCUUCAUCAAGUACAAGACAGCUUCAUCAAGACCCAUUACACAACUUGUAAUUACUAACCAGCUUUUCAAUAACUUCUAA